CGGAGCGCGGCCAGGCCCGGGCCCCCCCCGACCCCCGAGCGCGGCCCCCGCGCCCCUUCCCUCGGACACCGGCGGCGGGGCUGUGCAAGCAGCGUCGCCCGGCCGCGGAGAAGCUGGCCGGCACAAUGGGAAAAAAGCAGAACAAGAAGAAAGUGGAAGAGGUGCUGGAGGAGGAGGAGGAGGAAUACGUGGUGGAGAAGGUGCUGGACCGGCGGGUGGUCAAGGGCAAGGUGGAAUAUCUGCUCAAGUGGAAGGGAUUCUCCGACGAAGACAACACCUGGGAGCCCGAGGAGAACCUGGACUGCCCGGGACCUGAUCGCGGAUUCCUGCAAUCCCAGAAAACCGCGCACGAGAGCGACAAAUCCGAGGGCAGCAAGCGCAAGGCGGAGUCGGACAGCGAGGACAAGGGCGAGGAGAGCAAACCAAAGAAAAAGAAGGAAGAGUCGGAGAAACCGCGAGGCUUCGCCCGAGGCUUCGAGCCGGAGCGAAUCAUCGGCGCCACGGACUCCAGCGGGGAGCUGAUGUUCCUCAUGAAGUGGAAGAACUCGGACGAGGCCGACCUGGUUGCCCGCCAAGGAAGCCAACAUCAAGUGCCCGCAGGUGGUGAUCUCGUUCUACGAGGAGCGGUUUGACAUGGCACUCCUACCCCUCAGAGGACGAUGACAAGAAAGAGGGACAAGAACUAAUUCCUGCUGGCUCCUCUCCGGGAAGCCUUCGGGGUGGUUUUUGUU